AUGAGAUUCAUUGUUAAAGAUGAGGUGCGCGUUACGUGGGUCACCACUCGUCCGUCACCACACACGCACCAUCCUCAAAUAUUUCCCUCCAAUUUUUCGUCACCUUGUUUUUUUGUUCCUUUCCCUCUAAAACUUUCGAACUUUAAAUUCAAAGGCAGAAAGAACACCAACUCAAUUCCUAUUUAUUCAAUCUCAUCUCUCUCUUUCUCCACUUCACUCCCUCUCGUCUUCCUCUUUCUCUCUCUCCUCUGGGCUUUCCUUUCCUUCAAACACACGGAUCAAUCGUCAAUGGCUUCUUCCUUUAACCCUUCCUCUACUUUAAAAAACGACCAUGUCGUCUCCGGCGAAGUCCAUGUCAUUAUGGGUCCCAUGUUCGCCGGAAAGACCACUUCUCUUCUCCGUCGUGUUAAGUACGAAAGCAACAACGGCAGGACUGUGGCAAUGAUUAAAUCUAGCAAGGAUACAAGAUACGCCGUUGAUUCUGUGGUGACCCACGACGGAGCGAAAUUCCCAUGUUGGGUUCUUCCUGAUCUCUCCUCUUUCAGACAAAACUUUGGCGAAGAUGCUUACCAGAAAUUGGAUGUGAUUGGUAUCGAUGAAGCUCAAUUCUUCGACGAUCUCUACGAUUUCUGUAGCCAGGCUGCUGAUCAUGAUGGAAAGACCAUAAUUCUUGCGGGUCUUGAUGGUGAUUACCUAAGGAGGAGUUUUGGAUCGGUUCUAGAUGUAAUUCCUCUUGCUGAUACCGUCACCAAGUUGACAGCACGUUGUGAAAUAUGUGGCAAAAAGGCCUUUUUCACUCUGAGGAAGACAGAUGACACACAAACCGAACUCAUUGGCGGAGCUAAUCUAUAUAUGCCGGUAUGCCGGCUGCACUAUGUCACUGGACAGGUAGCUGUUGAUACUGCUAGAAGUGUUAUUGAAUCGUCUCAUAAGAUCAAGAGUGAAAUUUCUACGGAGGCAGCCCCCAAUUGUUUAGUUACUAACAUGGAAUGCAUGCUCUUACAGACUUAAUCUUAUGACAGCACGUUUUGGCUGGUCUUACUAUGUGUCUUAAUAUGUUGUAUUUUAUUUUAAGUUUAUUAUGCAACAUGGGGCUCAUUGGACUUUCCAUGGAUCCCUGUGAAUGCUGUUUGAUUUGAUGUAAUUCUCAUGUAUAGAAAUUAGAAUCAAUGGAAUUUGGUUUCCAAAGCUAUUUGUUUGUGCGCAAUAUUCAUAAUUAGAGUAAAGUUUAGCAACAAGCCAUACAUGUACACAAAACUUAUUGAGUCAAGUUACUUUACAAGCACUCUUGUGAUGAUGAAAAUGUAUAACUUCUUUUUUCUU